UUUUUUCAUUGUUCCUUUUUUUUUUAUUAUUUCUUUCUUUUCCUCACUAUUAUUUUGUUUUAUAAGAUAUGCGAUUUAACAAACGAUUAUUUCAUUCCAAAACAACGGAGGAAAAGAAUGAUAUUCUAUCCUAUCAUUUUAAUGAACAAUGUAAAUUACAACGCAAGAUUAAUUCAACCAUGCCUCAUUUGAAGUCAUUACAUGACCAACCAUCUGUUCGUGUGAAAGCCAAUGGAGCAAUCAUACUGAAUAAACAACAUCAUACUUCAUUACCACUAGAUUGGGAACCUACGAUUGUAUCCAAAGAAAAUGAUCAUCUUUUUGAUGAUGAUGAUGAUGAUAGUGAUGAAGAGUUUAUGAUGGAUACCAAGGAUAAUGACUGUGUUAUAUCAUCAUCUGUGAUCACUACCAAAACAGAACCUUUCUUAUCAGCUCCUCCCCUUCGUAAUCGAACAUCUCUUAUGCAACUUCGCUCACACGCUUCUUCAUCCACUUUACCAACCACUAAACAUCAUCCUUCUAAUGAUCAUCAACGUAAACAUCUUAUUCGGAGCUCUUCUUUGCCCAUGAUGAUGGCAUUACCUUUAGAGCCUCCUCAAUUAUCACCACCACCUUGUUCUUCUUCUUCAUCAUCAUCAUCAUCAUCAUCAUCAUCAUCCUUUUCUCUAGGAGAAAACAGCAGUGGAUACCAUAUUACUUAUGAAAGAAAACUUGGAAUUCUUUUGGAGGAAAUGGAAGAUAUUCAACAGGAAGGCGUACGUCUAAAAAGGCAAUGUCACGACUUGAAAGCAGAACGUCAACUACUAACAGAUCAACUCCAUCAACGUGAUGAUAUUAUUCAUCAACUUCAAUCUCAUAUUAAAUCAUUGACAAUAGCAAAUAAUAAUUUAUCUACCUGAAUUUCUUCUUUGUAUCAUCAUUAAAUAAUAAUAAUAAUAAAAAAAAGUCCCUUC